ACAAAAAAACGCUCCCUAGUGGGCCAGGAAGCAGGACGAGCUACCCAGAGGGAUCUCCCCAAUCUGUGUCCCUCCGGGGACACGGAGGCCUGGAAGCCAGUGGGUCCGGUGGAUCUCUAAACACGCUGGGACUCAGAACCGACGCCCAUCAUGCAUGCUGAGGCUGCUCCAAGGUUGCAGGCACUCCUGCUGCCUAUCUUGCUGCUGCUCCUGGCCAUACCAUCUGUGGUUAGCAAGGGCUGUGUCUGCAAAGGCAAGGGCCAGUGUCUCUGCGUGGGGACCAAAGGGGAGAAGGGGGAGAAAGGCUAUCCUGGACCCCCUGGUUUUCCUGGCCAGAAAGGAUUUCCAGGUCCUGAAGGCUUUGCUGGACCACAGGGACCCAAGGGCUCUCCAGGACUUCCAGGACUCACUGGUCCCAAAGGCAUCAGGGGAAUAACUGGAUUACCAGGAUUUUCAGGUCCUCCUGGACUUCCAGGCAUCCCAGGCCACCCUGGGCCUCCUGGGCUGGAUGGUCUACCAGGAUGCAAUGGUUCUAAGGGUGAACAAGGAUUCCCAGGUAUUCCUGGGACACCAGGCUAUUUGGGGCUCCCAGGUCCUAUUGGUGUGAAAGGACAAAAGGGUGAGCCUGCUCAAGAAGGAGACAGGAGAUUCGAUGGAAAAGGUGACCCUGGGCCUCCAGGGCCUCCAGGCUUCCAGGGUUUUCCAGGCCCCCCAGGUUUUCCAGGGCCUGCUGGUCCACCAGGUCCUCAGGGAGAUUUUGGUUUUCCAGGUGCUGUGGGACCCAGAGGACCAAAAGGUCAUAUGGGUGACUAUGCCAUAGGAGAAAAAGGAGAAAAGGGUGAGAAAGGAUUAACAGGACCUCCUGGGCCUGAAGGAACCGUGAUUGUUACACUCCUCCGCCCAUACAACAAAUCGGACUUUGAGGGGGAGAAAGGAGAUAAGGGAGAGAUGGGUGAACCUGGACGUCCUGGAUCCCCGGGACCACCUGGAGACUCCUAUGGAUCAGAAAAGGGUAUUCCUGGAGAACCUGGCCCAAGGGGGAAACCUGGAAAAGAUGGUGCUCCUGGCUUCCCUGGCACUGAGGGAGCCAAGGGCAGCAGGGGCUUUCCUGGGUUAAUGGGUGAAUCUGGCAUUAAGGGAUGGAAAGGAGACAUUGGCCCUCCAGGAUUUCCUGGUCCUACAGUAUACUAUGACUCGUCAUACCUGGAAAAGGGAGAGAAAGGAAUGCCAGGCCCACCUGGGCCCAAAGGUGCUCGUGGCCCACAGGGUCCUAGUGGUCCCCCUGGAGUUCCUGGAAGCCCUGGACCAUCAAAGCCUGGCCUCAGAGGACCCCCAGGAUGGCCAGGCUUGAAAGGAAAUAAGGGGGAGAGAGGCCCCCCUGGAAAGGACACUAUGGGCCCUCCAGGACCCCUGGGCUGCCCUGGUUCGCCAGGUCUGCCAGGCCCACCAGGCCCUCCAGGACAUCCAGGUGACGUUCUUUUUCACCCUGGUCCACCUGGUGACCAUGGCGUGCCAGGCAGUAUAGGACCUCCAGGAGACCCAGGAAUUGAUGGGUCCAAAGGAGAACCAGGCCUUCCGUGUACACAGUGCCUUUGCAUGCCAGGGCCCCCUGGUCUCCCCGGAUUUCCAGGAUUAGAUGGUGUCAAAGGAAUCCCAGGAGGACGAGGCACACCUGGUAUGAGAGGAAACUCGGGGUCCCCUGGAAGUGCGGGUCUCCCAGGAUUUGCAGGAUUCCCAGGGGACCAAGGACACCCAGGACUGAAAGGAAGCAAAGGUGAAACACCCCUACCCUGGGGGCAAGUGGGUGACCCAGGCGAUCCUGGGCUCAGAGGCCUGCCAGGGAGAAAGGGCUUCGAUGGAAUCCCUGGAAGACCAGGAGCUAAAGGACUGCCAGGACCUAGAGGUGAACCGGCCCUGAGUGGAAGCAAAGGGGACCAGGGACCUCCAGGGGCUCCUGGAUCACCUGGGCCUCCAGGACCUGCAGGACCAGCUGGACCACCAGACUAUGGACCUCAAGGAGAAACAGGUCCAAAAGGGACACAAGGAGUUCCUGGAGCCCCGGGACCACCUGGAGAAGCCGGUCUUAAAGGAGAACCUGGCACAUCAACACCGGUUCCAGGUCCCCCAGGACCUCCAGGGCAUCCUGGUCAGGCUGGCCGACGAGGUCUACCUGGGUUGCCUGGACCUAUGGGAAAAUGUGAUCCUGGUCUUCCCGGACCUGAUGGAGAACCAGGGAUCCCAGGAGCUGGAUUUCCUGGGCCUCCAGGACCUAAGGGUGAUCAAGGUUUCCCAGGAACAAAAGGAUCACCUGGUUGUCCUGGGGAAAUUGGAAAGCCAGGCCGUCCUGGAGAGCCAGGCCACCCAGGAGCCAAGGGAGAAGCAGGACUAGGCAUGCCUGGGGAACCAGGAAAACGCGGCUUCCCAGGAGAAAGAGGCGAUUCUGGGGAAAAUGGAGAAAUUGGACUCCCUGGGCUUCCAGGCCUCCCUGGAUCUCCAGGAAAAGAAGGGCUUGAUGGGCCUCCAGGAGACUCAGGACAGCCUGGACCACCUGGAGUAAAAGGGCCUCCAGGGAGGUGCACACAGGGACCCAAGGGUGUCCAAGGACUUCCGGGAUUAAAUGGAUUGAAAGGGCAACCAGGUAGAAGAGGUGAUGCGGGGCCAAAGGGAGACCCUGGCAUCCCAGGCUUGGACAGGUCAGGAGUUCCUGGAGAACCUGGACCGCCGGGAAUGCCGGGUCACCCAGGUGAGAUGGGACCACCUGGCCAGAAAGGAUAUCCAGGAACUUCAGGACCCCCAGGCCCACCAGGCAAGAAAGGAGAGGUUGGGAUGAUGGGCUAUCCUGGAACCAUUGGUCCACCAGGACCUCCUGGGGAACUAGGUUCACAGGGGCAGAGAGGCAGCCUUGGAAUCCCAGGAGUAAAGGGGGAAAGAGGACGCCCGGGAGCCAAAGGUGAACGAGGAGAAAAGGGAAUUCCCGGACUUUCCCAAAUCCAACACUUAAAGGGGGAAAAAGGAGAACCCGGGCUCAAAGGAUUUGUAGGAAAUCCGGGUGAAAAAGGAAACAGAGGAAUUCCAGGGUUACCAGGUCUGAAAGGCCUCGAGGGAUUGCCUGGGCUACCAGGACCUCCAGGCCCUAGAGGAGAUAUGGGACGCAGUGGGAAUCCCGGAGGACCAGGACCAGGCGGCAUGCCAGGAAGCAUGGGGAACAUGGGUGUGCCAGGCCCUAAGGGGAAUAAAGGAACUUUGGGACUGCCAGGUCUUGCUGGAAGACCAGGACAUCCAGGGAGUCAUGGUCCCCAAGGGGAUAAGGGGGAACAAGGUCAUGCAGAAGGUGCAAGGCCGGGACUCCCGGGACCUAAGGGUGAUCCAGGACUGCCAGGUGACAAAGGAAAGAAAGGAGAGAGAGGCCUACCUGGGCCACCUGGACAGUCGGGGCCUGCUGGACCUGAUGGAACCCUUGGGAACCCUGGGAGUCCUGGCUACCCAGGGAAUCCGGGUCCUGGUGGUGAUUUGGGUCUGAAAGGAAAGAAAGGCUUCCCCGGCUCUCCAGGAAGCACUGGCCUUCCAGGCCCUCCAGGACUCCCAGGACCUCCUGGGCCAAUGGGUGUGAGAGGUAACCAAGGGCAUGAUGGAAUUCCUGGUCCACCUGGGGAAAAGGGAGAAACAGGCUUGCUGGGUGCCUUUCCAGGCCCAGAAGGGAGCCCUGGUGUUCCAGGUGUCAAAGGAGACAAGGGAGCUCCAGGCUUGCCUGGCCUCUCUGGCAGGAAGGGCUCCAUGGGAGAUGUUGGACCUCGAGGACCCCCAGGCAUCAGGGGACUCCCAGGACCACCAGGUCUACCUGGGGCACUUGUCCCUGGCCCAAAAGGAAACAGAGGUCUGCCUGGCCCAAGAGGAAAUCCAGGUAAACCAGGCCCCCGGGGACCUCCAGGACAUAUCGUAAAAGGCGUAAAAGGUGAUAAAGGAUAUAUGGGCCAACCUGGCCCCAAAGGUCUACCUGGAGAUGUAGGCGGCAUAGGCCCACCAGGUCACCCGGGAGCACCAGGCACCCCAGGCCUUCCAGGUCUCAGAGGUGAUCCCGGAUUCCCUGGAUUUCCAGGCAUAAAAGGAGAGAAGGGUAAUCCAGGAUUUCUUGGAUCAAUUGGACAUCCAGGACCACCAGGGCCAAAAGGACCACCUGGUGCACGUGGAAAACCAGGCACACUUAAGAUCAUCUCCCUUCCGGGAAGCCCAGGCCCACCUGGUCCACCUGGACAACCAGGAAUGAAAGGAGAUCCUGGGCCACUGGGACCACCUGGAAUCCCAGGGCCCUGUGGACCAAGAGGCAAACCAGGCAAGGAUGGAAAACCAGGAUCUCCAGGACCAGUUGGUGAAAAGGGCAACAAAGGCUCUAAGGGCCAACAAGGACCACCUGGAUUGGAUGGAUUGCCAGGCUUAAAAGGGAAACCUGGAGACAGAGGAACACCUGCCUCUGGGACAAGAAUUCGAGGGUUUGUCUUCACCCGGCACAGUCAAACCACAGCCACUCCUUCAUGUCCUGAAGGAACACGACCACUCUACAGUGGGUUUUCUCUUCUUUUUGUACAAGGGAACGAACGUGCACAUGGACAAGACCUUGGCACCCUGGGCAGUUGCCUCCAGCGAUUCACCACAAUGCCAUUCUUAUUCUGUAACAUCAAUAAUGUAUGUAAUUUUGCAUCACGGAAUGAUUAUUCAUACUGGCUGUCAACACCAGCUUUGGUGCCAAUGGACAUGGCUCCAAUUACUGGCAGAGCUCUUGAACCCUAUAUUAGCAGAUGUACUGUUUGUGAAGGUCCUGCGAUGGCCAUAGCUGUUCACAGCCAAACUACUGCUAUCCCUCCAUGUCCCCAUGGCUGGGUCUCUCUCUGGAAAGGUUUUUCCUUCGUUAUGUUCACAAGUGCAGGCUCUGAGGGCGCUGGCCAAGCACUUGCAUCACCUGGCUCCUGCCUGGAGGAAUUCCGAGCCAGUCCGUUUAUAGAAUGCCACGGACGGGGGACAUGUAACUACUACUCAAACUCCUAUAGUUUCUGGCUGGCUUCAUUAAGCCCAGAAAGAAUGUUCAGAAAACCUAUUCCAUCAACUGUGAAAGCUGGAAAUUUAGACAAAAUCAUAAGCCGCUGUCAGGUGUGCAUGAAGAAAAGACCCUGAAGAAAACUGAAGCACUUUUUUUCCUUCUUAAAUAACGAAGUCAUGGCUUGGUGCCUGCAAUUUAUCUAGAUCUCAUUUUCUCUAACAGUGUUGUUUGGUGAAGAUUCAGUAGUGCCAAGUUUCACCACACCAGACAGCAUGUCAUUCCAGUUAAUCUGUAAUGUGGGUCUUUACAUCUCCGUGGUUUAAAUUUCCCUGUGGGAAGGCAACAGCUUUCCACAAAAUGUCACUGAAAUCACAUUCCACUCACUAAACAAUGCCUGUGUGGGGCUUGUCCCACAAACUAAGUGGAAUUUGGUUCAAUAGAUGUACAAUGUGUUCCUUGUCUCCCACUCUUGACCUAAGGAGUUUGGUUUCUUUCCAUCUCCUUCCUGAGACCUUAGACUUCAGCUAGAGAAGGAGAUGGGUGCAUCCAGAACACCAGCACAUCACGGCAAGAACUGGAUAGUCAGACCUAUUGAGGGGGGAUAAAGCCCAAGAACACAGGAUGAAUUAGAGUCAUGAUGUUUCAGGACUCAUUUACACAUGCCCAAAGCUAGGACCAAAGGAAACUUCCUGAAGGGGAUUGUAACAGGCUUGGAUAUAAAGUGUGGGUUUGUUUUCUGUUUGGUUGAUGAUGUCUAUUGGCUUGUUCAUGGAGCUCACUUUAAUGUCAAUAGAUUCAAAGGGGGUAAAAUGUUUACCCUCAGGGGAUUAAUUUUACUAGGAUGCUAUACACAUACAUUGAAACAUUUCUCUUCAGUUUUCAAUAUACUCAAAGCAACAAGGACACCACUUACUAGAUGUGCACUUUCUCUCCAUUCUGGUAAACACUGACCUUAAAGAGUAUCACCAGGGAGGAAUAGAGGCACUCGCCCGCUGGUUUAUCAGACACCGAACAUUUUUCUUUGAUCAAAAUAGUACAUAACAUGGUUUUACAAUCUGUUUCUUUGUUACUUUUAUAAUUUUUCUUUUGGAAGACAUCACACACACACACACACACACACACACACACACACACACACACACACAUUAUCUAUUCUCACCAAUCAUCUGCAGAGAAACCUUACUUCAAACCGCUUCUAUAUGUCUUAAAACUUGCUUUAAGUAUAUUGAUACAUUCCCAAGUGUACUUAAAUCAGUAUAACAAGUAUUUUCUUCAGUACUGAACUAGGUCCCAUACACCGUGCUGGAAGUGGGAGCAGGGGUAGUGAGAGAGACUUGCUUCUGGUCUAAUUUCAGAGAAAGCAACAUAUUCCUUGUGUAAAGACUCAUACAACCUCCCCCAACACACACACAGUCACAUAAUAGUGUAUGCACAAAUUUUAAAUUUAAAAAAUAAGAUCUAUGCCCAGGAAAAGUUCAUGACCUUUAACAUCCCUUAACCACCCCAGAAGCUAAGUCUUGAAAAAUGCUAAGAAAACAAACAUUUUACAAAUCAAAUAGUUGUAGCACUAUUUGAUGGCUCUCAGGGGCCAGGCAGUAGGAGGCAAAGCUUACAUUUCUUGAUCCACUGAGGUGGAAGUGAUGGUGCUGAUAUUUACAUUCACGCUGGUGCUGUAUCCCCUUUGUAUUGGAAAAUGUGACCCAAGACCAUAGACAAGGGUUGGCAUUCUUCACCACUCAAUGUGACUGCUGCCGAGACCUUUUUUUUCCACCUGAACUAACAUGUGCAACAUCUCAUUUCAAUUAUGUAUUUCACCUAGCUUUCCUAUUCAGAAAACAUCCUACUGUCCUAGUUACCAUCUAGCAAUAAAAUGAAAACUCAUCUUGACCAGCGGGGUCCCUGAGUAGUAGCAACAGCAGCAGCAGCACCCAGGAACUUGUUAUAAAUGCCAAUUCAAGAAUAUUCUAAACCUAAAAAAAAGUUAGAAACUGUAUCUUGAAACCAGAAAUGUGUGUUUGUUUUGAUGAGAAGUAUUUCAUUAUAUAGCCUAAGCUAGCCCCCAAAAUCACCAGAAUUUUUCUGUCUCCAUCUCCUAGAAUUUUGUUUCAAAAAAUUUCCCCCAUGAUUCUGGUGCACUCCGCUCACUAGGCAAACAGCCCUUUCACCUUUUAAAACUCCACAAGUGACUUUCAGGGUAAUCUAUUUUACUACCAGACUGGUGCUGAUGUUAAGUGGCCGCCCUUCAUUCGCCCCCUUCAUUUGCUCUGGUCCUCUCAUCAGUGCUUGACUUCUGGGGAAAGACAGGUAACACUGAACACUUACAUCCCAGUGAAGCCAUACCAACAGUUAUUCAAUCACAUGUCUAAGGGCGAGCAUUAAAACAUAGGCCAUGCAUAUUACUUUCCAGGUGUUUAUGAGUAAAUUACGAAGUUAGAAUUUAAGUUCAUAUGUGGCUGGAGAAAUUGUUCAGUGGUUAAGAAUGCUGGCUGCUCGUCUGAGGACCAGAGUGCAGUUCCCAACACCCAAGUCAGGAAGCUCACAACUGCCUGAAACUCCAGCUUAAAGGGAUCCAACUGGCUUCCAAGGACACCCAUGCAAAGGUGGCAUUCACUCGCACAGAUGCAGGCCACAUAAAUAAAAAUAAAUCUUUAAAUUUUUUUAACUUGAUUAACAAAAUGUUUAUUUGAAAUUUGGUGCUUCAACUUCAGAAUUUCACAGUGUGCUAAAAUAACCAACUUGUCAAUGGAUUGUUUUUGCAAGAUAAACAUUAUUAAUUUAUUUAUAAGAAUAUUAAAACUGUUUAAAUUUGAAUUGUAUUGCUAAUUUUACAAAGGUUUUCUAUACUUCAUAUGUAAUUUACUACCACUAAACUUAAUUUAAUAUUUUCUCUAUAACCAAGUUAAAUUUAUUUAAGAUAUAUUGAUUUUAUAUUAUUAUAUCCUGACAAAAUUAUGAUGUGUUACAAUAUACUAAUAUAACUAAAGUUCUAUUGUUUUGUCAAAAUAAAAUUGAAAGAACAACUA